AUGGAUGAUAUCGAUGCCUCAGUUGCUGAAUUCAUUGCGAGGGCCGAGGACUGGGCGAUAUUCCGUCGGUUCAGAGCUCUCAACGUCAAGAAUAUCAUGACCCUUCAAAAGGUUCUCUUGUCGAUCGAAAACGGAAAACUACAAGCCAGUGAGGAACGGCUUGAUGAGAUUCUGGACAAAUACAACCGGGCGCUUUGCAACUAUGCUCGCUUAUGCUCGAUGGAAGAUCCGCAAAAAAAGCACUUGACAGCGUUGUGGCACUACAUCAACGACAGAUCGAUAAGAUCUCCUGGAUUCUUUCCCGCCGACUGGGAUUUUCUCCCGCGGCCCGACGAAGAGAAAGUCAAGAGAGACGAAAAGACGCAAGAGCUGGUCGCAAUCUGUCCUGCGGGAGAUGGGGGCUUUGUAUACGCCGCCGUUGAUAAACUGGUCAGCGAGUUUACACCGGGGCGCGAAGACACGGGCACUGGCGGCACAAUCUCGACGUGGACAAGGGGUGUGACGCAAAAGACAACCAGAGCCAUCAACACGGCAGCAUCGGCUAUCUUGCUGGUGGCUCCCAUUAUAAUUCUUCAUUUCGUCAAAGAUGGAAUCAAGUCGCUGAUUCUCAUUGUUGUCUGGACGGUUGGCUUCUCGGUUGCCAUGUCGCUCAUCACAGAGGCGAAGAAUAGUGAAAUCAUGAUGGCGUCUGCGGCGUGA